AUGUCUUCCCGGAAGGGUGUUCCUCCAGAGGCAGAUUCAUCAUCCGCCGUAGAUGUGAGAAUUUCCAUACGAGGUAAGAAAAGCCUGAAUAGCAGAUUGUACUUCCUUGAAAAAAAUAUAAAUUGACAGUUUAAUAUCGGCCCAUUAGAUGGCGAAUUGCAUUACAUUUGCUGUCGACGGCGGCUGGGGGAACAUGUGGCGAAGGUGGUCACCUCACCUCAGGAAGCACAUGACAUUUUUAAAGCCUUCCAUGCAAGCCAGCAUGGAGGACAUUGUGGGAUGGAAAAAACCUUGGAACCAAUUUCUAGAAGGUACUACUGGCCUGGCAUGGAAAAAGACAUCCAGCAAUGGGUGAGUUGAAAUGUAAUUGUGAUCAGUCUACUCUUUGUGAUGUCUGGCAUCAAUUGGAUUCACCUUCCUGUGGGGUCUGCGUUGAUUCAGAUAAAGGAGUGUCCGGAAUGCCAGGCCAGGAGGAGUACACUAAAAGUGAAAACAGCCUACAUCCCAAUUGAGGUAGAUGAAAAUACAAACCUACUUUCCAACAGAAUUAGGAUUUCUUAAUAUCAUGUGUAUUUUCAUUUAGGCGACCGAGCCACUGGAGCUGGUGGGGAUGGACCUUGUUGGAAAACUGACUAAGACCAAAAACGGCAAUCAGUACAUUUGUGUGAUGAUUGAUUAUUUUACCAAAUGGACGGAGGCUUAUCCCCUGCAGUGGAAAUCAGCAGCUGAAGUUACAAAUUGCGUGUUGGAUUUUUUCUAUAAAUUUUGGAGCACCCAAACGGUUGUUAACAGACCAGGGUAA